AUGGAGAGCGACGACGAUUAUAAGUCAUUCUCACCUCCAGAAGAAUCUUCGCCUCCAGUCCUAUAUCGAAAGCUCAAGCGCUUGAAAAAAUCAGUUAGGACUCCAGACGAUCCCCCAAGCAAAUCAAUAGAUGAUCUUCUUUCGCUUCCGAAAGUUGAUUUUGCCAAACUGGAAGCCUUAGAAGCUUCGGAAACAGACCUAGGGUUUGAAGAUUCCAAUGAUCCAUUGCGUUCGCAGUCGCUAUCUCAGGGUUUCGACGAUGAUAGUGAGUUGAAUUCUGGUUUCGAUGAUUUGAGUUUUGAGGAAAAUCGUAAAGAAACUAAGAGAACUUUGGAGUUCGACGAUCUGGAUAGCGAAUUUCAUGAAAAGAGACCAGUAGACGAGACUGAGGUGCUGGAAGAAGAGAUUACGGAAUUCAAGUUGGAGAAGUCCGAAAAGAAGAGGAUUAGUGAAAAAGAGUUGAAUGAAAAUAAAGAGAAGAAAAAGAAGAAGAAGGGGCCAAAGGUUGACGGGGAUGAUGAGAAGCCCAAAGCGGUGACAUCAAACAGAAAAAGGGAAGAAAAGGAAAGAAAAGCUUAUCUCCAACAACUUCAUGCUGAAUCACAGAGACUCUUACGAGAAACUAGAGAUGCUGCAUUUAAACCUAUACCAGUUGUACCAAAAUCCAUAUCUUCAGUUUUGGAGAAGAUUCGGCAAAGAAAGCUGGAGGUGUCAAAGAAGACUUCCAUGCCAAACAACAAUUGUUCUAUUGCUUUGGGUAGUGGUUCUCUGGGAGAGAUGUUGAUGGAUGUUGAUUCAGAUGAUGUAUUCAUUGAAGUGAGAGGUGUUGAGUCAGAAGACAAAUUAACCAGCAUGGUGCAAGGUGAAGCAAUUGCAUGUCACGGGGAUGUAGAGAGUUGCUUAAAUGCUCCUCUUGUGGAUGGAUCUAGAGAAUCUGUGACACGAUCAGUUGAUGAAAAUAUGCCUUUAAAAACAUUGCUGGAUAUGGAAAGCAGCAUAUGUGUUUUGCAUGAAGAAUCUACAACUCCAUUUCAAACUCCUAUUGAUGAUACUCAGGAUCUUUUUGGUGAUUCCCAAAAAAGUGUAGGAACAGAUGCGGUGCCUGAUGACCAACAAAAUAGUCCUCUGGAAGAAGUUUUGGCACCAUCUUUACUUACAAUGAACUUGAAGUUUGAUUCUGCUCCUGCUGAUGAUAUAUCUUCUGAUGAAGAGGACAGUGACAAAGAGAAUGUUGAUCCGCAUCUACGUAGACUCAAUACUGAUUAUUCUUCUUCUAAAGGUGAUCCUGUUAAAGCUUUUGUUGAUGAUGAAGCUGUUGAGGAAGAUGAUAGUGACAAUGACCUGUUGCGCUUCCAAGAAAAUGAAGAAGAUGACGAUGUUGAAGAUUCUGAGGAACUUAAUGAUAUGAUUGCCACUGAGUAUGCAGAAAGACCAAUUGACAAUGAAAGGCGCAAUGAACUUCAUCAGAAGUGGCUUGAGCAACAAGAUGCAGCUGGAACUGACAAUCUCCUGCAGAGAUUGAAUUGUGGUUCGAAAGACAGAGACGCAACUUUGCUUGAAGAUGACAACGUAGAAGAUGAUUAUGAUGAUGAGUUUAUUGACAAAGCUGAAGAAAAUUUAGCAUCAACAGAUGUAGGUCGAGUAAAUUCCAGAAAAGCAAAGCAAAUUAUUAUUCAGAUGUUUUCAGAUAAAGAUGAUGCUUACUUAUCUGACAAUGAAGAGGAACCAGAGAAGAGGCUAGUUAAACAGCAUCAGCUUGUCAGAGCGGAAGAGCAGGCAAAAUUAGUGUCACCAGCCGAGGAUGAGAAUUCCAGAGAAAUCUUUGGCCUUAUAAAGAAACUGAAUAUUGUGCCUGACAUCAAGAAGAAAGCAAAAGCUUCAUCAUUCUUUGAUACAGUGCUAAGAGGGGGAAAUAGCAACAGUUCUUCAAAGUCAUCUUUCCUUGGUCGAGCGUCAAACCAUCCUCUUCCAUUGUCCCACAAGCAAAGAUCAAGCAUGGUUCGAUCUUUUAUAUUUGGACGAGAUGAUAGUAAUAGCCGGAGUUCAAUCUCAAUGUCGGGGGAUUCCUCAGAUAUGACCUCAAUGGAAAUCCAGCCAACUAGGAAGGUUACAAGCAAAUUCAGUUACUCACAAACCAAAUCCCGCAAUCAGCAUACAAAUGCUUCUGCUGGAACAGCUUUGGGUACCUCACUGCUUGAGAUAUUGAAGCAAUCGUCAAUGCAAUCUAAUAUUUGUAAUCAGGAUAGUAUGGUCGGAUUGACUGAAACUGCAUUCUCUGCUUUUAAAAUUCCUAAGAAGCCAAUAAAGAUAGAAGGAAGAAGCUAAGGCAGAACAGAAGCAAUGCAAGGCCUGGCAGAAAAGUUCCAUUUUUCACCUCUUGCCAUGUCUAUGAUAAAUCAAUGCCUUGCUAGAUGCAAUCCAUUCUUCACCCGAAUGUUUUAAUUUUAAAGUAAGGAUUAGGAGGCUUCUGAAUUUGCUUGCACAUUAGAUUUGGGUCUGACUAGAGAUUGGAUCUCAAUUUUACUAAAAACUGAAUUUUGACUAUUCCUGCUUGGAUGAAGUUGGACCGAUGUCGAAGAAUGGAGAUACCAGUACGAAGUAGUGCUGCUUGUCAAGUGCAGAGCACAUCCGUGCUAAUGCCAUAUUCUUAUUUAGUAAAUCCUUUUUUAUACAAUAAUUGCCUGUUG